CCGGGCUCUUUGCUACGUCCCGUACGUUUUGAGGCAAGUCAUGCUCAGCUUGGGCAGCUGAUAACAUGGACUCAAUGCUGCUAGGCCUCUGAUACGUAGUUCCAUCUGGCAUAAUGCGGGGCUUAUUCCGACGAGGGCGGCGAUGGGCAAUCGGGCGAUCGUCUAUCGGGCCAGGCAUUAGGGGUACUUCUCGCGAUCCCGUGACAGGACCUUGUUGCGCGAGGGGUGCCGGUGGCGGUGGGAGAGCAGGAGGUGGUAUGCUUGCAUAAGGCGUUGCAGGCGCAGGAUUAUUGAUAAGGUCAGGGAAGGUUUCCUCGAAUGGUGUGAACGGCUCCGGUCCAGAGGACACAUUGCCGGUGACUAGCUUGGACUUGGCAGGGAAUACUCGCUCAUCGAACUCGACGUUUGAAGAGAUUCGUAUCUUGCGUUGAUUCGGAUCCCACACUUUCCAAGCUUUUGUCUCUCGUUCGUAUCCAACGAAGAUGUGGUCGGGGCGUCCAUGCUCCAACCCUUUCGGGCGUUUUUCAACAUCCACAUAGAGAGACGCCUUGCAUCCAAACACACGGAAAUAAGAGACGUCUGGCUUCUUUCCAAGCCACAGUUCCGCAGGUGUUCGCCAUCCCAAUCGUGCCAUAGGUUGUCUAUUAUGAACGUGGACAGAUGCAUCCAUAGCACAUUGCCAGAAGCCUUUGGAUAGGCCGGCAUCGAGGCGCAUGCAUUCCGCUUUCUCGUAGGCUGUGCGAUUCCAACGUUCAGACCUCCCAUUUUGCUGUGGUUCGCGUGGCGCGGACUUAGGGUGCAUAAUACCACGUGCAUUGAGCCAGGCUGUGAGUUCAUCGGACAUAUAUUCACCUCCACGAUCUGACCGGAAGGCCAGUACUUUUGUGCCGAGCUGACGCUCUACAAGGGCAACAAAGUUUUUAAUCGCGGUAGAGGCUUGGUCCUUUGAUUUAAUGAACACCAUCAUGCCAAAGCUC